AGGGUGAAAUAUUCCUUUUUGAUCUUUCUAACGCUACUCUUAGUCAGGCAAAAUAAAACAGACAUAACCUUGUAAUGGUGACAUUCAGCAGAAAGUCUAAGAGGUAUAUGUGUGUGUGUGUGUGUGUGUGUGUGUGUGUGUGUGUGUGUGUGUGUGUGUGUGUGUGUGUGUGUUAGAUUUUAUGUUGAGUGUGUUCACAAAUGAUUUAGUCUUCCAAACUACAUUAAAAGUCCCAAGUCUGUAAGAAGACCGCUACCUGCUUUUUCGACCAACAUAUUUUAAUCAAACUUGAUCGUGUCCUUGGAUCCCCUGGGCCCCCAGCUGGAGCAGUGUCCCCAGUUUUUCUCUUUUGAUCGCAGACUGUCCAGGUGACCAAAAAAUUUUCUAAAUGUAGUAGUUUUGGGAUUAGCUGAAUAUAUUUUACAAUAUUACUUUUUUUUCACUAAUAAGAACACAACAGUCUUGUGAUGCUAUGUUUUUGUGUUUAGGGUUCUUGAAAGUGACCUAACUAGAACCUUUAUAUUAUGUGUUGCAUGUUAUACACCAUAACAAAGCCUUGCAAAAUGAUUGGAGGGUGGCACACCACACCCCUGCUCUUCCCACCUGCUUAAUUUAUCCCAUGUGCGUGUGUGCAUGUGUACUUCAUUUUAGUCUCCCUGUUCAAUAACACAAGCAAUGUUAGAUGCUCAAUGCAUGUUCUGUUUACCUUGCUAUCAGUUCCAGCUGGAACUGUCUAGAUUGAUUUAGAGCGCUCAGCUCUUUCCAUACUCACUAUAAAUGCACAUAGCCUCAUAUCCCCUCUGUGGAAUGUCAUUCCGUGCUGAUUUGUUAUCUGGAGUGUGUGAGUGUGAUCUGGCUGAAAGAAGUCAUCUGGGAACAUAAGAUGUUUAGUGGUGUGUCUGAGACCAGUGAAAAUGCUUCUAUUUUGCUCUCGUACACAUUUUUUUAAAUUAUAAAUUAUAUUAUCAGCCAUAACCUGAGUGAAAAGUAGUAUCUUAGAAAUAUUUACACGAAUUUUAGAGAGCUGGCAUGGACUCAAUUUUGUGGAGACAGUCUAUCUUAGGUCAAAUCCAAGGCAGUGUCAUCUUAACACAUGCUUCAAUGGAAAGGAUAAGACUCAACAAAAAGCUUAUCUUUUGUACAAAGGAUAUAGCAUGGUCUAUAUCACAAAUUUGGUUACAUUUCAAUAGGGUCCUAGAAAUACUGCAGAAUAUUGAAUAUUCAAUCAAGGUACUGAACAUUUCCUUUAUUUGUGUUAAAAUGUUCAAAAUCAAAAACCUUUACAUUAUUUCCAGUUUUUCAAUGUGUUCUCAUACUUUUCGACCCCACUGUAUGAGGUCACUUCAGUGUAUAUGCUGACUUUCUUUCCAUUUUGUUUCUACAAUCUAUUCGAAUCAAACAACCAUUUUCAUUUGUUCUUUUGUGCUGUCUAGUUAAACAUGACCUCUAUGACUUCUGUGAGUAUGUUUCUUCGAAUGGUUUUGGAAGUUGAAGGCUUGACUGUGCCUUACUGAACACACACAUACACAGAGUCUGCCUGGAAUAACUUGAACAUGUGAUGUGUCAGUGUGCUAUUUGUAGGGCAGCAGUGAGGGAGAUUGAGGUCGUCAGUAGACAGGAGUUCAUACACAGAUCUGGUUCUCACUAACAGUAGGUAGGCUGUGUGUGGAAACGGAUCAGAUCAGGCCAGCUCAAACUGGAUUGGAUGAGCCAUGGUUUUGCAGAAGCUUCUGAGUUUUGGCAAGCAGCUGCUCCGGGUAAAAGUGGUGGAUUGCAGCUUGGAAGACUCUCGUCUCUCACGAUGUCUUAACACAUUUGACCUAGUGGCUCUGGGAGUGGGCAGCACUCUAGGGGCUGGGGUGUACGUCCUCGCUGGCACGGUGGCAAGGGAGAAUGCGGGACCUGCCAUAGUGCUGUCCUUCCUCAUCGCUGCCAUGGCAUCAGUGCUGGCUGGCCUGUGCUACGCUGAGUUUGGGGCACGAGUACCCAAGACCGGUUCAGCGUAUCUGUACAGCUAUGUGACAGUGGGGGAGCUCUGGGCCUUCAUCACUGGCUGGAAUCUGAUCCUCUCUUAUAUCAUAGGCACAGCCAGUGUAGCUCGUGCCUGGAGCGCCACGUUUGAUGAGCUGAUCGGCAAACAAAUUGAGCUGUUCUGUCGUCAGUACAUGAGCAUGAAUGUCCCGGGUGUGUUGGCUGAGUACCCAGAUAUGUUCGCAGUGGCCAUCAUUCUGAUUCUCACAGGCUUGCUGGCCUUUGGAGUGAAGGAGUCAGCCAUGGUCAAUAAGAUUUUCACCUGCGUCAAUGUCCUGGUGCUGCUGUUCAUGGUGGUAUCAAGCCUGGUCAAAGGCACGCUCAAGAACUGGCAACUGAAUCCUGAUGAGAUUCUCAAUGCCACCAACUCCUCAGGAUUCAAUACAACAGAGGCCAAGGAGGAAUGGAACUUAGGAAUGGGUGGAUUUAUGCCAUUUGGCUUCACUGGAGUCCUCUCUGGAGCUGCUACCUGCUUCUAUGCGUUUGUAGGGUUUGACUGCAUUGCCACCACAGGUGAGGAGGUGAAGAAUCCUCAGAGGGCCAUCCCCAUCGGCAUCGUCUCGUCUCUCCUCAUCUGUUUUGUCGCCUACUUUAGUGUAUCAGCUGCUCUUACUAUGAUGAUGCCUUACUACAUGCUGGACAGGAAAAGCCCAAUUCCUGUCGCCUUUAAAUAUGUAGGCUGGGAGGGUGCCACCUACGCAGUGGCUGUAGGCUCUCUGUGUGCCCUCUCCACCAGCCUCCUGGGCUCCAUGUUUCCUCUCCCUCGUAUUAUCUAUGCUAUGUCCCGAGAUGGUCUCCUCUUCUCUUUUCUGGCACGUGUGAGCAAGAGGAAGACACCCAUCAUUGCCACGAUGGCCGCAGGGGUAUUGUCCGCUGUCAUGGCAUUCCUGUUUGACCUGAAGGAUCUUGUCGAUCUUAUGUCUAUCGGCACGCUCCUGGCUUACACUUUGGUUGCUGCAUGUGUGCUAGUGCUCAGGUAUCAACCAAAUCAGCCCGCUCAGGGCUACCAGAUGGCAAGCACACACGAGGAGCUGGAGAUGAGAGAAUCCUUUAGUACUACGAGUAUGGGCAUUCUGCCUGGCAUGGAGGAGCGCUUCAGUUUCAAAACGCUGGUUUACCCUAACAACUCAGAGCCGUCUGGCCUUUCUGGCUCUGCCGUCAAUGUCUGUGCAAGCCUGCUUGGUUUCCUGAUCCUAACUUUCUGCAUCAUGGCUGUGCAUGGUGGUUUUGCAAACUGGAGCAUAGCAACCCUCAUUGUGAUUGCCAUGGUGUGCCUCCUUCUCACUUUCAUCAUCUGGAGGCAGCCGGAGAGUAAAAGCAAGCUCUCGUUUAAGGUACCUCUGUUACCCUUCCUCCCUGUGGUUAGCAUGUUUGUUAAUGUGUAUCUGAUGACGCAGCUGGACAGGGGGACCUGGAUACGCUUUGCUAUGUGGAUGUGCAUCGGCUUUUUUAUCUACUUCAGCUAUGGAAUAUCGCACAGCUCAGAAGGUGCUCUGAUUCAUUCCAGUCCAGACGAAGAGCCUGAUGUGUGUAAAUCCACCAAUACUCACCGGGAUGCUAUGUCCCCUGAAAAAGAGGCAUUCCUCUACACAAAACCAGAGGAUGGGGAUGAUGAAGAUGGUGAGCUCUGAUACUUGAGGAUCAGAUGAGCUUCAGCACUGCCUGCUUGACCUUCUCUCUGAACCGCAACAAGAGAGCACAAACUAUUAUCAGACUGAGCAUGAGGAGAUGCAGCAUUGUGGUUGAUUAGGUAACUUACUUCCUCAUGAGGCUGAGGCUAAGAGCCCUGUUGUUGGAUAAUGAUUCUGGGAUUCUAAUUUGCAACCAAAAACAAACAAGAAGAGGUAAAGGACAUUUGGUUUGAAGGCAAACCAAAUGUGACCACUGUGUUCUCUGAUGGCGGCCUUCGUCAUCUGAUUGCACAUUUACGAUAUUACACACGUUACAACUGAAUUAGAAUAUUGCAUACGCACAAGUGUUGCAACAGAAUCAGGGACACUUUGUCUUUCUCGGACAACUGUUUAACAGUUUGUUUAAUAAUUAAAUCUGCUCCAGAUAUGGCUUAUUUAUUCUUGUUUAGUAUUCUGUUUAAGCCAACACAUGUUACCUAGUAGUCUGAGCUGCCCUGAUCCUGAUUUAGUACAACUGGUAUUUAUAGAAAGCCCUCGCUGUCUUUUACUUCUACUGCCACUUGGUGGAGUGGUAGCAAACACAAACGGAAGAUUGAAGCUCUUUUCUGUGUACUGAGAGGGUUAUAUAUCCAGUACUGGGUAACUGUUUCCUCUUUGCAGAUUUAUUUGCCUCAUAUAGCGUUUUUUGGCUGCUAAUUUAAAUAGUCAUCCCACAAAUAUUUGAAGAGAGUUUGUAGGACUAAAACCUUUUAGGUCAGGUUUGGGUAAUAGAAACUUUUCCAUAAGCUUAUUGGUGAAGAUAUUAAUAAGAUGAAUCAUGAUAAAUGAGGAAAUAGCAGGCAGUGGUAUAAAAAAAUGUCCCUGUGUUAAACCCCAGUGGUUUCCUGACACAGAUUAAUUACAUGCUUUACAUAGAUUAAAAGAUUAAACAAAGUAUUUGUGAUGAAGUGCGUUAAUUAAUCUGCGAUCUACAAUUGCAAAUAACUAAAAAUCUAUUAAAUUACUAUCAUACAUGUAAUAAUCACAUCACCUAUAAUAAUAUAACCAUGUUCUCCUGUCAUUACCCCACAUUGAAAAGGCCAUCGAUUCCAUUAGUCAGAAUUUAUCCCAGUAAAUAUUUACAGGUGGUAUUGCAGUUAAGGAAUAAUGCGUAAUUUGUUGGUGUUAUGAAGAAAAUGACUAUAACUGUCACAUUUUUUUUUCUUAGUAACAGGACAUCCAAAGUGUUUUAUUCCUCUUAUACUACAUCAAUUUUCCAACAUCUACUUUUAUUAAAGAACGACUCCUCAUACUUUUUUUUUUAUCCUUUUAUAGAUACAUUUAAUGUUGUAGAAUAUGUGCAAAAAAGGUCCUAUUAGAUGCAAUCUUCCACCAGCUAAGCUGUGAGUGGAAUUCAAGUUUAUUGACCAGAAUUAUUGAAUUAUUUUUCACCUGUAGAGAACAACUAGAUUUUAGAUCUUGCAGCCCACUGUGUGUGUGUUUCUUGGUUUAAAGAAUGUAAUGUUGUUUACACCUCACUGUUCUUUUGUCAUUUUAGAACAGUGUCUUUGUUUUUUUUUUUGGACCAUUUCUGCUGUUUUGUUUGUAUACUGUAUAAGCCUGGGAUAGUUGAGAUGUGCUGUAGCUCAAAUCACUGUACCUUGUAUUUGGUACUGUAAAUAAAAUUAUGUUUGCCAUAUUUUUAUUCUGACUGGCACCCUGUCCAGGAUGUACCCCGCCUUGUGCCCGAUGCUUCCUGGGAUAGGCUCCAGGUUUCCCGUGACCCUGAAAAGGAGUAAGCAGUUGAAGAUGGAUGGAUGGAUGGAUGGAUAUUUUUAUUCUUUUAUUUUAUAUCUUCUAUUACAAGAAUAGCCAAAUUGCAUGUUCAGGGUCACAUAAUUAUGUGCAAGUACGUAUUUACAGUAUGAAGGGUAUAUCAAUGUAAUUAAGUACAGAUGAGUAAUAUUAGGCUAUAAGCUAUAUUCAAAUCCACUCACAAAUGAAGCCUUUGAAAACUGUAUACACACUUUCAUGCAAGCUUAAAACUCUGGUUAAAAAUGAAAUUAAUUACUCCACUACUGGGGUGCCAUUUGUGUCCCACUGAUAUUACAUUUCCAUGGAUGGAGUUUAAAGCAGGGCAUGGUGGUUUUGGUUAGCACUCUUGCAUCACACCUCUGGGGUUGGGGGUUUGAAUCUUACCACCCCCCUAUAUGCAUUGAGUUUGCAUGAACUCCACGUGCAUAGGGGGCCUCCUCUGGUCACUCCGGCUUCCCCCCGCACCAUCCAAAGACAGGCGUUGUAGGCUGAUUUG